AUGUCCGGGCACAGUGCCCCCGUGAAGACCGGCUACCGGCUGGAGCGGCUCCGUGAUGAGGCGCAGAAUAGCGCUAGCGAUGUCCUGCGCCGGGAACACUCGGUCAAGCGUCCCCUUUCCAUCCUGCAGCGUGAUUCGUCCUCCUUUGCCUCCUCCUUCUCCGGAUCAGGAAGCACCGGGUGCGUCUGUCUGCCAUUGCUCGCACGCUUGCAUGGCCGCCAUUGA